AUGACCUCACAACGCUUGAGCGACACCGCGUCCAAGCUCGACGCCGCCUCCAAGCUGCUCCGGGCGAAGCCGGAGCAGUCCCUCAUCGGCGAUGUUGGACGUGCACACGGUGACGCGCGCAGCGCGGCUGCGUCGCUGGCCCAGCAAGCGCGGGCGCUGCACCUGUUUGACAUCCUCGACGCACCCGAGACACAAGCGGUCGCGUGCAUCGCCGACCUGGACCGGCACGCUGCGGUGUACGCGACCUGCGCAGGCCUGUUCCUCUCGCUCUGCGGUGGGGUCGUGCACAAGCUAGCGGCCUCGCCGUGCGCUGACGUGCUGCGGUGCGCGGCGCAGCUGCUCAGAAAGACCGCGGCGCGGCAGGCUCAGGCAUCGGACGUCGGAAGGCUGGAGGCGGCGGUCGACGCCGUCGGGCGGCUGGCGUGGCAGCCCGGGAGCGCGGCGGUGCUGCUGAUUGAGCGGCAGGAGGGGCUGAUGCGUGACGCGCUGCAGGAGCUGCUCGAGGCUGUCGAGGAGGGGGCGGGCGAGCAAGGCGAGGGCGAGGGCGAGGAGGAGGAGGAGGAGCUCAUCCACCAGCCCGCCCUCGCCCUCGCCGUGCGUCAGCUCCUCGAGUCCACGCUCUCCACGGUGCACGCGUCGCGCGCAGCGGCGGUGCGAAGCACAGCAGACUCCGGCCAGAGCCGGCUCGCCGAGCAGCUGAGCGCGGGCGCAAAGGCGGCGAGCCAGCUCGUCGACUCGCUCGUCUGUGCGCUCGUGCACGAGGACGACGCCGAUGGCGUCGCCUCUUACAGCACUUCGCUCGGCAAGGUCGUGCGGAAGCUAAACUCUCUCGGCGCCGGCGGCGCAGACGCGGGGGCGGCGGCGCUCGACGCAUUGGUCGAGCGCUGUGUCACCGAGGCUCGCCGCGCCGCAGGCGAAGAGGGCGACGAAGGCGCGGUAUUAUCGGCAACUGCACAGCUUGCGAACGCGUCCCUGAAGUCCACGUGA